GAAGGCAGGGCAGAGGAGAGUGGGGGGGGGGGACCGAUCACGUCAUUGGCAUCCCCGCGUCCCGGGCGGCGCUCAAAGGGACCCGAGGACGUGCCGACUGCCCUUGCCGUCGCUCUGUCAACCGCGCCCCCCCUCGGGCGAAUCCAGGGCGCUUCGGAAUCCCAGAGAAGUCCGGGCUCCGUUUUGCCAGAAAAGGCAUCCAGCAGGUUGAAGGCAUUUAACCUCAGAGGCCUGCCCUGGCUCCUCUGACCUGCUGCCCCAUCUGUUCACCAGCUCCCAUGCUAGUGGGAGGUGGAAUGAGAGAGCGAGAUCGAAAGAAGGCGGAAGAAGAAUCAACGGAUUAAUGUUAAUCCUCCAGCUUUGCUCACUUCCAGCCAGACAGGAGCAGCAACAGAAUCCUUGGUCACAGCUUCUGCCCCCGUCCAAGAAAGGAGGCAGGGAUCUCUGCCUGCGCUCAUCCCCUCUGAAUUCCUGAAGGUCCCGACCUGUGAGCAGAACAUCAGCUUAGUGGCUUCAUGAAAUCUGUGAAGGGACACUACCGAGAAGGACCAGAGAGAAGGGUGGCAAUCAGAUAUCCACUCCCAACUAGAAACCCAGAAGUCCCAUGAAAGGUUCGUCUUGAUUCUUUAAACAGCCCAGAGAGAGGAGAAGAAGGAAAACCACAGGUGAUGGAGGAUCCCGGAGUGUGAUUCUGUCCCCACAACAUACGCACACCUCCCCUUCUGUGAAUUUCUGCAAGAGGGCUAGGAGUGACAGGCUAGGAGAUGAGUCUUGGAAAGCUACCAGUGAUCGGCUGGGUGUCUGGCUCCCACAGCAAGCGCCGUUUGAAGGCAGAGCUGACACCCGACAUGAUCAGCCCACCCCUGGGGGACUUCCGCCACACCAUGCAUGUGGGCCGUGGCGGCGACGCCUUUGGAGACACUUCCUUCCUCCGAAACCAUGGCGGUGAGGAAGCUAAGCACAACAACUUCUUCGUCCGGACACUGAGACACGUGAGAAGGAGACCGCUAAGGAACUGGAGAAACAGAAGCAAAGAUGAGGCCUCGCCUUUGCCCCCUCCUAUCUCGCCUAUUAUCAAGAAUGCCAUCUCACUGCCACAGCUCAAUGACGCCAACUGUGGGGGAAAUGGCCAUGGUGUGACAUUUGCCUUCAAGAGCACCCCCAACAGCUUCUCUGACUAUGGAUUGGAAUCUGGAUUCUGCACCAUCCCCCGCGUCCCUCGCUCAGAGAAGACUCAGGAAAGCUCCUACCUUGCUGAACCAGCACUGACACGUUCAGACUCCUUGCUGUCUUUCCGCCUUGACCUCGGCCCCUCCCUGAUGAGUGAACUCCUCCAUGUCAUGAGCUUCUCAGGAGACCCCAGCCACAGCAACAGGGCAGAGGAUGAAAGAGAAGAUAGCAAAACGCCAACCAGCAGUGAUACCAACUCGCCUCUGCCCCUGAAGAGUACCUGGGCAGAUGACUCUUUGCCUUGGAGAUCAGGAUCACCUCAUGCUCCUUGUGAAGAAAGCAAAGUAGCAUCGAGCUUUCUGAGUCAUUCUGAGAAUAGUUUGCCAUUAGGACACUCAGUGUGCACUAAUGGAGAUUCUCAUUCCAUAGAGUUGUCUCAAGAAGGGUCACCCUGUUCUAGGGGAAAGAACCCAAGCUCCAAGCCAAGAGGAGUCGUUGCCAAGGGAGCAGUGUCAAAAGAAAUCCCUUGGCAAGAGUACCAUAAUGACUGCAAGAUGGAAGCAAGAGAAUUCAGCCAAGCAACCCAGGCUUUAGCUAGCCAUUAUGGCAUGGGAGACACCUACCGUGGCCUGCAGCGUCAACAAGAGUCAAGAAGCCAAGCCUCAUGGGAAAGCCCAGAUGUCAACACAUGGCAUUUGAAGACAAGGGUGGCAGAGCGACAAGUACCCAAGGCUGGAUGGCGCCCAAGAACAGAGGAGGAAGAUGAAGAUGAGGAGGAGGAAGAGGAGGAAGAGGAAGAAGAAGAGGAAGACUCCUUAAGAGCUUCAACCGUUGUUGGAGAGGGCCACAGUGAUUCUUUUGAAUAUGUUGAUGAGGAGGAGGAAGAUGAGGUUAAGGUUUGACUAUCUACAUAGGCUCUCUGGGAACCUCUUAUCACACUCCCAGAAAAUGCCUACAUAGAGUGAACAUUGCCACUUACAAGCUGACAGUCAGAUGAGUGAACUCUAAGGGUUAACCUGCUUUGGACAUGAAUGAGAUGAUGGUAGACAGGUGAAGGGGGGCACAUUUCUCUGCCUUCUUCUCCACCUUCCUUCCCACUUUAGGGAAUUAAAGAAAGGGACGGAAGAAAAAUAGAACCCCAGAGAGCAGGUCAGGCCCUCCUUGUUCCUUGUUGCUCUUCCAUUGCUCUUCUCUCUGCUAUGCAGUCAGCAUUCAGAGGUGUGAAUGAGUUCACGUCCACCUUUACCCUCAAUGACUGGCUGUUUCUGUUACUGCAGCUUGUGCCGUGAGUCUGUGAGCAUUUCACACACUGGUAGAAACAAAUAAUCCUUGCAAAAAAGGUAAAAAAGCUAAUGAGACCCUCCACAUCUCUGUCAAAUAAUUAUAGGAAGGGAGAAAAACUAUGACAGAAGAUCAAACCAGAGGUCUAAGAGGAACAGGAAAAAACAAAGAAUAGGAGGUUUCUUUCAGGCCCCAGAAAACAUAGCCCACCCAACCAACUAUCAGGAGAUACUUGCCUGCUGGAGGAAAAAAUUACUCAGGUGGUUCUUCCAGUCAGACACACUGGGGCCUUUCACACGAUUGCAUCAGGGGGUGGGGGGAGGUGGGGAGGGUGGGUUAAGCCUACCUUCCCCACAGACAGUCCAGACGAGCCCCAGCCGUGGCACACUGCCACACGCACGAUCCCCACGACGGCGACCGGUGCGGCAUUCUAGAGGCCGGGGGAAUCUCACAAUGCACAGUGCAGCAAGUGCGGUGCAUUGCGGGCUUUCCCUAGGAGAUAGGCACUCUAGGCACUCCUCUCUGUGCCAGUGGCGGGUUGCAAGCAGACUACACUGACACACCGUCCCAGAGCCUGGAUUGACCUUUAAUGAAACACAAUCCUCAUUUGGCUCUUCAGCACCAAGGCUGGGCCCUGAGAGCUUCACUUCCCUGGGAGCCUGCCAUCUGACCAUUCCCUGACACCCAUCAUGUGGUAAAGCUCGCUCCAUUAACCUAAGCCAGGCGUUGGCGCUGGGUCUCAUGCCACGGAACCGCUGGGAUCCGGGUGUUUCUCACAGGUCGUCAAGCCCAGGAUCGGCUGCUUAAGCUUAGGCUUGGCUGCUUGUGAGAACUGCCUUACUGACUCCAAACCUUCCAAUAUGUUCCCUCUACCCUGCUCACAAAGAACAUCAGACAUGGAUUGGAUCUGAAGCCAGUUUUUGGUGAUCCAUUUACUGAAGACCCAGGUUAGAUCAAAUCUACUGAGGAUCAAACUAGACAUGAUUUUAAGCAUGAGAUUGAUCCUUGAAUCCUCAUUUUAUUUUUGAUAAAUAGGAGCCACAGAGGCCUGAUCCAGUUUGGGACCACAGCAUGUGGGAGGCAGGCUUAUAUCAUUUGCCCCACCACAGCCCUGAUCUGGCUCAGACUGCCCCCUCCCUGACUGCUUUUUACUCUAGAUGGGAAGCUUUGCCCUUUAUUUUGCAUUUCAGUGGGAAAACAGAAUUCUGGUCUUCUACAGGGCCUCACUCUGAGCCCAUGCCAGGGGAGCCUAUCAAUCAAAUUAUUUUUCAUCCUGGUUCCAAGAAGUGCACAGAAAUUCCGAAUCCAGUUCACAGAAUGGGUGACAGAGUGAGAACUCUUUCCAUGCUUCUCUCUGAAUCCCCUAAAGCAGAAGUGCGUGACUUUAGGUCCAUGAGCCAUUUUCUCAAUUUGUCCCUAACUCGCAUAGCCCCACUCUGCCGGUGAGCAGCAGCUUUUCCACAGCAUGCUUGUUCUGGGAGGAAAUGAGAGAAAAAUGUUUCUCAGGAUGAGCCAGACACAAACCACAGGCCUGCCUUACGUGACUUCCCUGUCCAAAAGGAUACAAGGCCAUUCAAACAAGUGUAGGGGAACUGUACCAUCUCAGGUUUCGGGGGGGGAUGUGUAGAGUUCCAAGUGUCUCCUUGUGAAAUGUUCUCCCAUGGCAACAAUUUACCACUCCAGAAAGAAAUGGCUGGGACCAGUCUUCUUUCUGAGGCAAUAGAAGUGUGGCAAUUUUCACAUGGGAGUGCUUACAAAGAAACCCCUUCCUUCAUGAAACACAAGGUGGACCAGUAAGAAAUAAAUCAAUAAAUAAAUUCUGAGGGCUGAGUCACCCCAUUACGCUUACUGUGAAGAUGCCCUCAGACAGAAAAGGUUAUAUCAUGUUCCCCCUAGCACAGCAACAACAUGAGAACCGGGCUCCUUGUCCAGCUUCCCCCACUCCCCGUUCUGCAUAUUUUUGAAGAUAAUCAUACACAGCCCUCUUCCAACCCCUCCACCCGCUUGUCUGGAUUUUUUCAUGCUCAAAUCACCCUGCUCUCAAGAAACUAUUUAGAUGAGAAACAAAAGGGAUGAGAUGGGUGCCAAACAGCAAAUUCUUGGUGUUCAGAGGACAUCCCAGCUAUGAGGAAUGAUGCAUGUCAUAGCAUCUAAAAUGGCUGCCAGUAGGAACCAGAAUGCAGCCCACAAUGCAUUUGCAGAAAUCAAGUUUAAGAGGCUCAGGAAUUUGUUUUAUUGUGUUUUAUUUUGCCCCUCCUUUGUGUUGCUCUAUCUUAAAAUGGCUCCCUACAGUUGUUUACUUGGGGACUGAUUGAGGCAACCAAAGGAAAUACGUGUUCAGAGUUCUUCUUCCCAGUGUUUGCGGUGAGUGGGAAUAAGUUAAAGGAAUUGCACCUUCAUCCCAUAAUAUAUAAACCCAUUGGAGGAGCUCUUUUCUCCACAGUUCUGUCCAGCAAGAUGCAGAAUGUGCAACUCUUUGUUUCCUCCCAGCUGUGUUCCAGAGGAUCAAUUUAUCCAAAGGCUUAGGAACCCUUGUCUGGCCUUCUCUCUCCUUCCUGGUGUCUCUGUUCACUGUGGGGUAUUGGUUCACUCCAUGUGUCCCCAGGUUGGAUGGUCUCCAACAUGGCAACAUGGUCUCUCUGGAACGAGCCAGUUCUCUGUGACUCUCGCACAGAGAGGUCUUUGUGUCAAAGCAGAGAUGCCUGGGAGGUGAGAUCCCUCACAGCACUCUGAUUGUUCACCAGUUGGCAGUAGCUGGAGGAAACCCAUUUCUGCAUCACUCUGGCCAAUUAGAUCUGUGUGGCAGCAGUGGGGGUUGAGGAAAGCAGGAAGUAACACGAGGAAUAUAAUAAACAAGCGCUGUGAGGGAGGCCUCGCCAACUGCUGUUCCCUAUUCGAUGGAGUUAUAACUUGUCGAUCUCAACCCACUGCCUCAGCAACGCACACAGCUGCAGCCACCUUUAUAUAGCACCUGUGGAAAGUUUCAGCACUCACUGUCUGGCUAUCACAAUUGCUAGGGCUGAUUUCUAAGAAAUGGGUUAAAUCUAAGGAUCGCUAGGGUUGGUAAUUGUGAAAAGCCAGGGUCUCUGGUGGAAUCCAGAGCCUGCACACAUUUUUAUUUUCCAUAUUUGGAUGGGCGGGUGCUUGUGUAACUCUCUCUUGACAAACAUCUCUCCCAGCUCUUUUUGUCUGAAUUGUCUGAUAAGCUUCAAAACCAAAGAUCUCUCCUAAGUUGUAUCCCUUGCACUUAUUACUGUUGUCAUUAUUACAUUUUUAUAUAUGUGUGUA